CAGGAGGGGUGUGUGUUCGGAUCACCAGCAGCUUUUCAGGACUCCAGCGACGAGCAGCCAGCCAGUGUCUGGCGAGCGUGCGUGCGCGCGUGCGUGCAUGCAUGUGAGUGUGUGGACCAGCAGCCAACACACACACACACACACACUCCUAACAUUCGUUCGCAACAUGGCGUUGGAGCGCCGAGAGACACGACGGCUCUGCCCCUGACUAACGCAGCCGUGUUGUGGGGAGAGGAGCCGGAGGAGCGCGUGGAGCAGAGAGCGCCACAUUCGACUCUUUUUCUCUUUUACGCACCACCGGAGGACACAAUAGCGGAUUCCUACAUAUGCAUGUCGCUGUAACGGUAUAGCCGCUCGUUGUAUAGACGCACGCUGCUGCCCCGCUGGUGGAAAUCAAAGGCUGUACAUGGCGGUGGAGACUAUUUGGCUGCUCUGUCUUCUUUCGCUGCUUUCUGGUCCAUCCGAGCAAGAAAAGCCUGUUUCCGUGGAGCUGAGCUGUGGGGCUGGGCCCAGCCAUGUAGUGUUGGAACCAGGUUUGCCCCUCUUGCUGGACUGCAAUCUGGGGGCCAGCGAGACACCUUUCAAUGUCACCUGGCUCCAGGAUGGCCAGACCCUGCCUCCGGAGGGGCAUCACCUGCAGUAUCUGGCUAACGGAUCCCUCCUCCUGCUGCCGACCUCCAAGGACGGCCAGCCCGCCCAGAGGUUGGAGGGGGGCUACAGCUGCAUGAGUGCCAGUGCCGCUGGAGCCCUCACCAGCAGGACUGUGAAUGUGCUCUUGGCAGGUCUGUCUAAGUUCCACCAAGAGCCGUCACCCCAGACAGUCCCUGCUGGGGGCGCUGCCCGCUUCGAGUGCCAGAUUGAGGGUGUACCCACACCUGUUAUAACCUGGGAAAAGAACAAAGUGGCUGUCCCUGAGGAGACCAGGUUCAUUUCCCUUCCUAACGGGGUGCUCCAGAUCCUUGAGGUGACCAAGGAAGAUGAGGGUGCCUACCGCUGUGUCGCCUCUAACUCUGCCCGGAAGGACAUCAGUCAUGAGGCUCUACUCACUGUCACCACAGGUUCUACUGAAGCCCUGAACAGAGUUGUGAUAGUUGCACCACCUCAAAAUGCCACGGUGGUGCUGGGCCGCCCCGCAGUGAUGGAGUGCAUGGCACAAGGCCAGCCGAAGCCUCUGGUGUCCUGGAGCAGACAAGAUGGAAAGCCCAUUUCCACUGAUGUGGUCGUCCUCGCAACAAACCUGGUGAUUAGGGACACGAGACGUCACCAUGCCGGCGUCUAUGUCUGCCGGGCCAACAAGCCUAAGACCAGAGAGUUUGUCAUUGCUGCCGCUGAGCUGCACGUGCCUGCCCCUCCAGUGAUUCUCCAACCCCCAGAGACAGCGUCCCUGUCCCGGGGGAACACAGCCCGGUUUGUGUGCAACAGCUCAGGGGAGCCUCCCCCUGUGUUGCACUGGCUGAAGAAUGGCAAACCCAUCAAGCCAUUCAGACAAGUGAAGACCCAAAGCCCUGGACUCCUGCUCAUCAACCAGCUGGCACCGGAUGAUUCAGGCUACUACCAGUGCAUAGCAGACAACGGGCUGGGCACGGCCUGUGCCACUGCCAAGCUCACUGUCAUUGUGAGGGAAGGUCUGCCAAGCCCUCCACGUCACCUGUCUGCCACACCCUACUCCAGCACAUCUGCCCUGCUCACCUGGGAGAAACCGGAGUACAACUCGGACCAAAUCAUAGGCUACUCUGUGCAUUGCCAGCGUGCCGCAGGCUCAGAUAAUGUGGAGUACCAGUUUGCGAUGAACAAUGACACCACAGAGUAUCACGUCAAAGAGCUUCUCCCGCACACUGCCUACAGAUUCUUUGUGGUUGCCUACUCUCCCCUGGGGGCCAGUCCACGAUCCCUGCCUAUAACUGUAGAGAUGCUGGAGGAUGUGCCGAGUGCACCCCCCCAGCUCUCCAUAGCCAGCACCUCCCCUACAGACAUCAGGCUGAUGUGGCACCCCCUGUCCUCACAGUACAGUCGAGGAGCCGUCACCCGCUACCGCAUCGAGUACAGCUCCCUGGAUCAGGUGGAAACUGUAUUCUCAGUGGAGGUGGGGGGUAAUGAGACUCAGUUUACACUGAGAGAGCUGCAGCCCAACCAGGCGUACCAACUGAGGAUUGCAGCUGGAACAGGCGUCGGCUUUGGGGUCCCAUCAGAGUGGGCCCAACACCAGACAUUAGCUCACUACAACCACAGUGACCACAGCAUGGUGAUCUUUGCCCCCACUGAGCUGAAAAUCAGAGCCAGAGUGAACACGCUCAAUGUGACAUGGCAUCCCUCACCCAAUCACACCCUGGUGUCUGGCUACAAGCUGUCCUGCCGAGAGGUCGAGACCGAGGAGUCGGCCACUGGUGAGAAGAGGGCGACACAAACCCACACCAUCAGGCUCCGAAAGAAGGCGAGGUAUCAUCUGCUCACUGGACUGGCCCCUGACCGGCAGUAUGAGGUGAGGGUCUGGGCAUUCAACAAGCACAUCGAUGGAGCAGCUGCAAUGUGGAACGGAAGAACAGACAAGGCCCAUGACAGAACAUCGUCGCCACCCAUGCGCCCCCCUCCGAUGCCCCCAAGCAGCAUCCAGGCCAAAGCCAACAGCUCCACCUCCAUCUGGCUGCGCUGGGAGAAACCUCGUUUCAGCAAUGUACGAAUCAUCAACUACACAGUGAGGUGCAGCCCAGCGGGAACCACCAACGCCUCCCUGGUCUCCUAUCACACCAGUUCUGCUCAGGAGAUGCUGCUCGGGGCCCUGAGGCCCUUCACCCGUUAUGAGCUGGCGGUGCAGUCUAAUGCAGUGGACGUGGUGGGACCCUUCAGCGGCACCGUUGAAGAGUCCACCUUGUCUGACCGGCCCUCCACAGCUCCGGAGGAGCUGCAGCUGAGUGCUCUGGACUCCUCCUCUGUGCUGGUGAGCUGGCGCCCUCCACUGGAGCCUAACGGUGUCAUCAUCAGCUACGUGAUCUUGUACAGUGGCAACCUCAGCCAGCCUGAGCACUUGUGGAACAAUCUCUCUCAGGAUGGGAGCAUUACCAGCAUGGAGGUCCAGGGUUUGUCCAGCGGCACCAACUACUUUUUCAAGCUGGGAGCCUCUACUGUGGUGGGGUCAGGGCCUUAUUCACCUGUAAUGGAUGUUCACACUGCCCUUCAGAAAUAUGAGCUGGACAUCCACGCGGUGACAGGCAUCAUCGUAGGCGUGUGUCUGGGACUGAUAUGCAUCCUCCUCUGCAUGUGCUUCAGCUUUCGUAAUGGCAAAUCCAGGGAGAUAUCUGGGGGGCUGGACUCCACAGCUGUGUCCCCUCAGUACAGGAGAGGAGGUUUCCCCAUCCCCUCCAACUUGCCAGAGUGCAGCGAUAGCCACGAGCUGGAGACACUGAUGCCCCCAGGCAGCCAAGAGUCUGGUCAGCCGCUCGCAGAGGCCCCAGAGGAGCAGAGCCUGAUGGCAAGUGCUAAUCCAGUGGAAGGGGAGGAUGCCCCUGCACCUGAGCCCAAGGCGGCUUGGAACGGCUCUGUGAGUCAUAACUGGGCCAACAGAAUCACUAGAUACAGAGACACCAUAGCAGAGGACUGUCCAGCACUCAUUAAUGGAGCUGUCAACAUGCUGAUCACUGAGAACGGCAUGGGCUCAGACGGUCAUCUGUGUACGUCUCUGUGCAGUAACCAGGUCGAGGCAGAAGUGAUUGUUCACUCAGAGCUGUCAGAUCUCGGGAGGGAGAGAGAGGAGGAGGGCAGCGAGAGGGAGGGGGACUCUAACACCACCAGGGGACCCUCAUUAUCAGAGGACAGAUAUUCCCCUUUGAGCGAGCCAAGUCUGCCAGGGGAGGAGGAACGUCUAGAAAAACUAUCGCUGGCCCAAAGACCCUCGAGUUUUCCCUCAAUCAAGUUGGUGGGUAAUCACAACGGGGAGCUGGAAGGCACAGGAGACCAGCCGAUUGUGAACGUGCAGCCCCAGCAGGACACGGGGCUCACCAAUGGCUUCCACUCCCCGAAGACUGUGAGGUCUGUGCUGAGGUCAGAGCAUUUGGGAAACGGCGACUCCAGACACCGCCCUCCUGCACCGGGGAAGGUCAUCUCUGUCGGGCUGUCCCCUUCCCCCUUUGUCAGCUCCGGCCUCGUACACUCUACCUCAGCAGCACACAGUUAUCUGUGCCCGUAGCGCUUGCAUCGGGGGCAGCGGCCCCUCCUCAAACACAGAGACAUCAGACUGAUUUCCUUUCAAAAGUACAAAUGUACCCAGCAAGAUUGUUGAAGGAUUAUUUUUAUGCACCUCAUUAUUGGAUUUCUUUCUCUUCCCUGCAAAGUUUUUAUAAGUACGUUGAAUCCAUUGUUUCAUACGUGUGUAUUCAGUAUACAUAUACAGUAUAUUUUUUGUGGUAGAGUACUGUAUAUAUGCUUUCUCUAGCAUUGCAACCGUGCGGUCCUCUGGGUUUCUUUUCUGUCCAUAGGAGAGAAAAAAGAAAUAUUUAACCAACCAGAUGGGAGUGGAAUGAAAGAGGCUAUUCCCACUGUGUCACACAUGGCUCUGUUCCACUCAGGAAUGAGAAAAGGCCUGGAACGUUCCCUGAGCGAGCGAGCGGGCACUUGAACAGGCUGUAAUCGUGGAUGGGAGGAUCACAAGUGGAGGCCCGGGUGGGUCUCCCUGGGCCUCGUCACGUGGAUGCUGCUCUACUGUGGCACUGAGGAAUACGCCUUGAAGAGUAUAUAUCCGCACACACAGAGUGCAGAACACCUGUGUCUGUCUCCAGCCUCCUGCUGUCUCAGGGUCCACACACACACAUACACGGAAACACACACAAAGCUAAAAAAGCAUGGCUGGUUGUGCGGUAUUUCGCAGAAGCUCAGUUGGUCACAUACAUUUACAGACACAUUUCCUGACUGGAGUGUGGGGGUCUCAGGUGCCUACAUAUUGUUGGUGCGUUUAUAGUCUCUGUAUAUUUAUAUGGAUUAUUGUAUUCAGAACAAGUUCAAAAAACAUGUCAACACUAAGGAAGAAAACAAACAACAAAAUCUAAAAAGAUAUUGAGUAUACAGAUUUGGUACACAUUAAGUUUUCCUGGCCAAAAUUCUAUGUAUCCAGGUGUUGUGAAUUUGUAAACCAGGGACCCUCAGUUGAAAAGUGAAGUGAUGUUUUUGUCUUAAAGAUGGUGGAUAUCUCAUUCUGGAAUCAGUAAUAUUUACAUGUUCAUGUUGACACGUUAGUCACCAUGUUGGUUUAAGUAUGGUGGUGGGAGAACUAGACAAGAUGUAACAACAACCAAUCUACAGACCACUCUACUGGUUUGGAUCCCAGUUAGGGAUGCGCCACUGUCCACACUGUUGUUGAGAUACUGUGCCGUUAAUUAGAGCCAGUUGUCUUUGUCAGCUCAGUAUAAGAAUUUAAUGUAUUUUUCAAAGGAAAUCCAAUGUUUUUUUUAAGGGUUUCGAAGGGAAUCUUGAUUUUACUGACCUGAUUCAGGUGUAUGGAAAAUUUCCACAAUGCUUUAGUCUGCCCACAUAUAAAAAAGAGUUUGAUCAGGAAAAA